AUGAGCGCCGUCAACUUGAAAGACGUCACCGUAUUGAGCAAUCCGGCUCCAUUCGUCGAUCCUUUCCAAUUCGAGAUCUCACACGAAUGUUCCACUCCCCUCGAAGACGAUCUAGAGUGGAAGCUCAUCUAUGUUGGAUCAGCUGAGGAUGAAACAUACGACCAAGUCCUGGAAAGCGUGCUUGUCGGGCCUGUUAACGUUGGUAAUUACUGUUUCGUAUUCAAAGCUGACCCUCCGGACCCAUCCAAAAUUCAAGAGGAAGAUAUUAUUGGAGUCACUGUGCUACUCUUGACUUGCUCCUAUCAGGGCCAAGAAUUUAUCCGAGUAGGAUACUACGUUAACAACGACUAUGAGGACGAGCAGCUAAAAGCAGAGCCGCCUCAAAAGGUUCUACUCGAUAAGGUCCAAAGAAACAUCUUGGCUGAUAAACCUAGAGUUACGAAAUUCCCUCUCAAUUUCUGUCCAGAAAAGAAUGAAGAUGAAGAGCAGCAGCCGGAGCUUGUUGCAGAAGCUAGCAAGAAGGGAGAUGAGCUUCUACCCAACCAGUCUUCCGUCGAGUGUUCCUAA